AUGUCGAUCGGUUGUGUGCAGCACACCACGCAAUCCGCCUCCGCUGUCUCUGGUCCUUUCCCGCCCAUCGAUGCUGUUUGUGUAGUUUUUAGUAGCACGGUGGCGGACAAUGCGAUGGUAGGGAGCUUGAUGGAUUUCUUAAGGAAUGUUCGGCAGGAGAAACUCUCGUAUGCAGCUACAACCUUAAAUAUGCAGGUGGGAGUGACAAGCUUGAUGGAGGUGGCCGGCGCUUUUCUCACCGACGCUUAUCUGGGCCAUUACAGCAUGGGAGGGAAAGGGACAAACCCUAACCCUAAUUCUCUAUUUGAUAUGAAAAGAUUAGAUUCUUUUCUCUCUCCUUCUCUACACAUUGAAACAAAAGGUAAGGUAAUAGGAGUAACUUUGGAUGGAUCUCCCACGUCUACCUUUGCUCUAACAUUAUGGAUCCACUUCCAGGGACUGGACCUUUUCACACUUGCAGCAUCUCGAGUGCCUACAAAGGGGGCAGCAGAAAGCUUGGUUUUCUACGCGGCAUUGAUACUAAUAUCAAUGGGCCAGGGUGGCCAGAAUUCCUCACUGAAAGCCCUUGGAUCUAAUCAGAUUGGGCCACACGACAACAAAGAAGAGAAGGUGAUAAACGCUCGCACAAAAGCAUGGUGGUACACGAGCACCUUCUUAGGCAUGGGUGUGGGCUUGUUUCUAGCUGUCCUUGUUCAAGAUGAACAGAAUUGGGUUACAGCUGGCCUGGUUUCAACGGCUGUGAUGUUGGCCGCGUUGGGUGUGUUUGUAGGUGGGACCCCUUGCUAUAUCAUUGAGAAGCCGGGUGGAAGCCUCCUAACACGCGUUGUGCGAGUGUUGGUAGCCGCCGCGCUGAAGAGAGACGCGGAUUUCCCAGUGGAUGGCCAGCUCUACGAGAAAUCUGAACCGCUUGAUGGUGAGCAGCUGUUGCAACGCACUGAUUACCUGAGGGCCCUUGACAAAGCUGCCAUCAAAGUAUCUGAUGAGGAAGAAGAAAAUAAAUGGAAGCUAUGCACAGUUACACAAGUGGAGGAAACCAAGCUUCUCUUAUGCAUGUUUCCCAUCUGGACCACCUUCCUCAUGUACGGUCUCGUUGGGGCCAUGGGGUCCACCUUCUUUCUUGAGCAAGCCAUCAACAUGGACCGUAAAGUGGGCCACAAGAUCACGGUCCCUCUCACAUUCCUCUUAGCAUUUGCAUCCACAUCUAAGCUAGUGGUCACUCAGUUUUGUAUCCCACUAAUAGAAAGGUCCACCAAAUUAGAACAUCGGUUCCCUCCGAUGAUCAAGAUCGGUGUUGGCAUGUUCUUCUCAAUAUUGUGCUGCAGUUGUGCUUCAAUGGUGGAGAUUAAAAGGUUGGAUGUGAUCAAGCAAGACCCCAACAAGAUGGUCCCAAUGAGCGUGUUUUGGCUACUUCCCCAGUUUUUCCUACUGGGGGCCAUGGAUGGAUUGGUGAGCGAUGGGGUUAAAGAGUUCUUCUAUGAUCAUGUUCCUGAUUCAAUGAAGAGUUUUGGGCCAUCAUUCUCUCAAAGUGUGAGUGGUAUGGGGAGCCUCCUUAGUGCACUUCUUAUCAUCACAUCUACCAGAAUGAGCGAAUGGAGUGGUGGGCCCAGUUGGAUCGCGGACACGGUCGAUAAGGGCCAUUUAGAUUAUUUUUACCGGACAUUUUCGGUUUUGAGCUACAUUAAUUUAUGUGCCUAUAUGUAUAUAUCGAGCACGUACAGUAUCAAGAAGGUGGAGGAGGAGGAAUCGGUGGAGGAGGAAUUGCAGAUCAUCAUCAUAGACAAUAAUGUAUAA